AGCAGCCCAGCACCCACCCUCCACGGGUCAACCACCCCCCUCCUCCAGUCCUCUUCAAAACUCCCCACCCCGGCCACCUUGCUCAGUCCGCAACCCACCGCCAAGAAGGCUCGCGGCACGCCACCGCUCCCGCCCCGCAUCGACCCAAAGCGCCCGGCCGCGCGGCCCCUCCACGCGCCGCUGAUCGCGCGCGCGAUCGAUCAAGCCAACCAGCCCUGCCCAGGGGAAGGCGCGAGGCGCCGCGGCUCACCUCAGCUCCGCCGCCGGCCGGCCGGCAGCUAGGCGGCUAGCUAGCAGCCAUGUACUCGGGGAACCAAUGGGGCGGGUCGUUCGAGAUCGGCGACGGUGCGGCGGAGGACGACCACAGCCGCAACAUGGACCUUGACCGCGGCGCGCUGUCGGCGCGGCAGCACCACGAGCUGGACGAGACGCAGCAGAGCUGGCUGCUCGGCCCGCCGGAGGCCAAGAAGAAGGACAAGUACGUCGACCUCGGCUGCGUCGUCGUCAAGCGCAAGGUCCUGUGGUGGGCCUUAUGGUGCCUCGUCGGCGCCUUCGUCCUCAUCGGCCUCCCCAUCAUCAUCGCCAAGGCCAUCCCCCACAAGAAGCCCCGCCCGCCGCCAGAUGACCAGUACACCGAGGUGCUCCACAAGGCGCUCCGCUUCUUCAACGCCCAGAAAUCCGGCCGGCUUCCGAAGAACAACGGCGUCCCGUGGCGCGGUAACUCUGGCCUGUCGGACGGCUCCGACGCCAAGGAUGUCAAGGGCGGCCUCGUCGGCGGCUACUAUGACGCCGGCGACAACAUCAAGUUCCACUUCCCGAUGGCCUUUUCCAUGACGCUGCUGAGCUGGUCGGUGAUCGAGUACAGCGCCAAGUACAAGGCCGUUGGGGAGUAUGACCAUGUGCGCGAGCUCAUCAAGUGGGGCACAGACUAUCUGCUACUCACCUUCAACUCCUCUGCUUCUACCAUCGACAAGAUCUACGCUCAGGUGGGUGUUGCAAAGAUCAACGGCAGCCGGCCGGACGACCACUACUGCUGGAACCGGCCGGAGGACAUGGCGUACCCUCGCCCCACCCUUGCCGUGAGCUCGGCCCCCGACCUCGGCGGCGAGAUCGCCGCGGCCCUGGCCGCCGCCUCCAUCGUGUUCCGCGACAACGCCGCCUACUCCAAGAAGCUCACCCAGGGCGCGGCCACGGUGUACAAGUUCGCGCGGCAGAUGGGCCACCGCACCCCCUACUCCCUCCGGCAGCCGGACAUCGAGUACUACUACAACUCCACCAGCUACUGGGACGAGUUCAUGUGGAGCGCCGCCUGGAUGUACUACGCCACCGGCAACACCAGCUACAUCACCUUCGCCACCGACCCGCGGCUGCCCAAGAACGCCAAGGCCUUCUACAACAUCCUCGACUUCUCCGUGUUCAGCUGGGACAACAAGCUCCCGGGCGCCCAGCUGCUGCUGUCGCGGCUGCGCAUGUUCCUCAACCCCGGCUACCCCUACGAGGAGUCGCUCAUCGGCUACCACAACGCCACCAGCCUCAACAUGUGCAUGUACUUCCCGAAGUUCGGCGCCUUCAACUUCACCAAGGGAGGGAUGGCGCUCUUCAACCACGGCAAGGGCCAGCCGCUGCAGUACGUCGUCGCCAACUCCUUCCUCGCCUCGCUCUACGCCGACUACAUGGAGGCCGCCAACGUCCCCGGCUGGUACUGCGGCCCCAACUUCAUGUCCACCAACGACCUCCGCGCCUUCGCCAAGUCCCAGCUCAACUACAUUCUUGGGGACAACCCGAGGAAGAUGAGCUACGUUGUGGGGUUCGGCAAGAAGUACCCGCGGCACCUGCACCACCGGGGCGCGUCGACGCCGAAAAACGGCGUCAAGUACUCGUGCACCGGCGGCUACAAGUGGCGCGACUCCAAGAAGGCGGACCCGAACCUGCUGACGGGCGCCAUGGUCGGCGGGCCCGACAAGAACGACGGGUUCAAGGACUCGCGCAACAGCUACGGGCAGAACGAGCCGACGCUCGUGGGCAACGCCGGCCUCGUGGCGGCGCUGGUGGCCAUCACCAACAGCGGCAGGGGGGUCGGCGUCACCGCCGUCGACAAGAACACCAUGUUCUCCGCCGUGCCGCCCAUGUUCCCCGCCGCGCCGCCGCCGCCGUCCUCGUGGAAGCCGUGAGGGAGAGCUAUAGCUGCUGCUGCUGGUGCACCGGACGUUUAGUUCCAGCCGGGUUACCUGAUCGGUGGUUCGUUUGGUCGUCAUACGAUUUUUGGUGAUCCCGUACGCAAUUCUUUUGUACAAUACAACGUUAACUUGUGAGCAAAUACUGCGGACGGUGGCAUGCAUCAUGCGUGACCUGUAGAUGUUUCAUGCAUAAUCGAUUACGGUUAAUGAAUGGAUACAUACAUAUCUUCUCAAACAUCAUAAUCUAGUAUCUAUUUACCAUUCA